CGAACGGCAUCAGAAAGCUUUGAGGCAACUGACUGUAAACCUCCCAUCGGUCUCUUGGCGUUUCUCGAGUAUAAUUUGAUCUUUGAAAUAGGGUUUCUAGUUGGCAAAUGACACAGAAGAGUUAGAUUUUGAGUUUUUUGUGAUAAAGACAACUGGAGGGUUUUUGGGCUCAAGUGUAUUGAAAAUCCCAGCUGUGUUUUAAGAAAUUUAGUAGUAAGAACAUUUAUAUAUAUAUCGGAAUAUAUAUAGAGUUUCAGAUAAAGAACUUCAGACGCCAGGCUUUGAUAUCCAUUUUAAAUUAAAAAUAAUAAUUUCUGUAGCCUGGUCCGUUGUCCAGGCUAGAAGUUGUAGAAACUUCACUUGCAACAUAAUUUUCACUCGUUAAAAAAUAUUACUGUUUGAUGAUUAUAAGGAAAUUAUAAACGUUGAACAAUUGUAUUCAAUUUCACCUGUACUGAAAAAUGUGAAGCAGCUCUAUCAUUUUUUAAAAAUGAGCUGGUACAGCCAGCAUUCCACCCGCAGCUUCCUGACACUUGUGAUGGGAGUUUGGGUGUCAACCUGUCUCACCCAGCCCCAAGAUCACCGCCAACGGAGCCCGGGGCCCGUUCAUGGCACCAGGGCCAUGAACGUGGACCCCACCACCUCGACCACCGUCCCGGCCAGCGGCGCUGCUACACGGUGGGGCCAGACAGCCAACCUCACUUGCGGAAAUAUUCAGGAGGCGGUCUUAGACGCUAGGGUUCUCCUUGACCUGAUCGACGCCAUGAAAAAUAAUUACACACUAUACGAGUUCGGUACAACUUGGGACACAAUGGACGAACUGCUUAUUGAGGCCAGAGACAACACCUCCUUACAGAUCUGCGACGAGAACGGAGAAUACUGCAUGUUUGUGCUGCCUAACCUGCCUCCCCCGCCACACACACCACCAGCCACCGAGCAGGGCCUGAAACUUGCGCUCGUGUCUGUUCUGGGCUACGUCCAGCGCUACGCGGUAGCCUUCGAGACGCUGCUUUUAGACCAGACGCUGCAUGAAGAUAUCUUCGCCAGUCAGAUAGCAGAAGUCCACGCCUUCCUGGAAGACCUGAUUGAUACCCUCAUAGCCACGGUGCUCCUGUGCGGCCUUCAGCCUGAGCAGCACCUCGUCAGGGACCUGUCUGUGCGGAUGUAUAAGGGCGGAGAUACUGUGCUGCGCUCCGAUAGAGGUUUUAGGGUCCUGCGCCAGGCUCGUAAUGGACUCCAAUUCAUUAUUGACGUUUUUGGAAACAAUCCUCCGGUUCCCUAAUCCGGUUCUUCUAAUCUGAAACUCUUGACCUUAUCACGAGACACAUGUUAUGGGUCUACCAGGUUGUCUGUGCUGGCGCUCUAUUCACCCGGGGCCUGAUUCACGAAGCAGUCACACAAGCACUUACUAACGUGUAAAUCAUUCCUCAAUCUUUGACGGCUUUGGUUACAUUUAUUAAACAGUUUACAAGCAUGAAAACUUCCCAAUCAACUGUUGUUAUUGUUAUAAACAGCCUCCUCGUGCUUCGGAGCUCAUUAACUGUUUAAUAAUUGUAAAUAAAGUCGUCAAAGAUUGAAAGAAAAGACGUACAGGUUCGUAAGUGCUUACGUAACUGCUUAGUGAAUCUGGCCCCUGGUCUGUCUGCACGCAAAGACCUCCAGGCCCUGUUCAUUCUUCCAUAAAGACCGUUCGGUCAGCUCACUCCUGGCCCUAUAAGUGUCUACACAAAUCCAGGGAUUGAACUCCUUACUAGGAAUCAGAUACUUCUUUCUAAUGUUCAAUCCCUGGACCUCAAAACUUUGAGAACUUCCUCGUGUCCGCCAGUACGCUCAGGUCCCAGGCACAGAAUUACGCUACCUGGGAAGUAGAUCGAUUACGCUACCUGGGAAGUAGAUCGAUUACGCUACCUGAGAAGUAGAUCGAUUACGCUACCUGGGAAGUAGAUCGAUUACGCUACUUAGGAAGUAGAUCGAUUA